UCAUGUGUCAGAAAGAAGAAGCAAGAUCAGCGGCAGUACUACUCUUCUCAUCCAACCAAUGGAGGAUGGAACAACGGCUCCAACACUAACCGCGGCCUCAUGCUCAACAUACCUCCUCCUCCUGGCGGGAGACUGCCGCCGGCCGUGAACGUUAGCAGUGACCAUAGCUCGAACUUCUCUGGCCCUCACAGUACCCCAUUGCCACCCCCACACCCUUCCCAGCUGGCUCUUGGGUUCAGCAAGAGCACCUUCAGCUAUGAUGACCUAGAGGCUGCAACCGGGGGGUUCUCUCAGGCUAACCUGUUGGGUCAGGGAGGGUUCGGGUACGUGCAUAAAGGGGUGUUGCCAAACGGCAAGGAAAUUGCGGUGAAGAGUCUCAAAUCCGGUAGCGGGCAAGGAGAGCGCGAGUUCCAGGCAGAGGUCGAAAUUAUUAGCCGUGUCCAUCAUCGCCACCUUGUGUCACUUGUUGGGUAUUGCAUUGCAGGAGGCAUAAGGAUGUUGGUUUACGAAUUUCUUCCCAAUAAAACCCUUGAAUACCACCUUCAUGGAAAGGGUCGCCCAACCAUGAACUGGGCUACCAGGCUCAAAAUCGCAUUGGGAUCAGCCAAAGGGCUUGCUUACCUGCACGAAGAUUGUCACCCUCGCAUCAUUCACCGGGACAUUAAAGGUGCCAAUAUUCUACUUGACGACAGUUUUGAAACCAAGGUGGCGGAUUUUGGGUUGGCAAAGCUAAAUCAGGACAACUUCACUCACGUUUCUACUCGGGUCAUGGGAACAUUUGGAUACUUGGCUCCUGAAUAUGCAUCAAGCGGCAAGCUAACUGAGAAAUCUGAUGUUUUCUCGUAUGGUGUAAUGCUUUUGGAACUGAUAACGGGAAGGCGGCCUGUGGAUCUCAGCGGCGAAUCGGAGGACAGCUUGGUUGACUGGGUUUGGACGCUAGCUUUCCCCACUUCACAAAUUAACAAGCUUUUUUUUUUUUUUUUGUUGCUAAAUUUUCACUUCUCUUAUCCAUGUAAUUGUGAUGGAAUGGAAUGGAAAAUCCAUAUCAAACAGGCUAGACCUCUUUGUGCGCGCGCAAUGGACGACGGGAACUUUAGUGAGCUGGCCGAUCCACGUUUGGAGAACAAUUAUCCCCCACAUGAGAUGGCACUCAUGGUGGCAUGUGCUGCUGCAAGCGUUAGGCAUUCUGCAAGAAGGCGACCUAAAAUGAGCCAGAUUGUACGUGCCUUGGAAGGUGAUGUGUCACUAGAAGACUUGAAGGAGGGGGUAAAAGCAGGGCAAAGUUUGAACAUGAGCUCUAGUGCUAGUUCUGAGUAUGAUGCGGCCACCUACAGCGCCAACAUGAAGAAGUUUAGAAAGAUGGCACUCGAAGGCAAUACAUGCGGAAGCAGCGACUAUGAGGCCACGAGCGAGUAUGGGCUCAACCCUUCCUCCUCAAGCAGCAGUGACCACUCGCAGGAGAUCAUGGGCAGGAAAGCCAGCAGCAGCAAUAAGCAUGGCCAGUGAUCUGAUCAGCAAACUCUUAACUAACUUCCGGGAUAACUGGAUAAGAGCAUCGAUGAUGAUGAAGACAUAUAUCGAUUCAGCUUUUCGAGUCUAGAUUCUCUAAAAUUAGGUUUACCACCAUACGUGUACACCUGAUAUUAUCAGU